AUGUCUCAAGCGGUUGACUAUAACCCUUCCGCCGAUAUGGCAUGGCAACAUUCUCUACAGUUAUCCCUCAACGGUGAUCCAACUACAUGGGAUGUCUCGGGACAGAUGACCAAGCCACAAAACGAUGACCUUUCGCACUUUAAUAACUUGAAUGGAACAAAUCUUUGGGACAAUACCGUCAACAACGAUAAAGUUCAAAAUCACAACAAUGGUAUCCAUGAUGAUCAUUCACAACAAAAAGUGCGAUCAGGCCAUCCCAAGCCCGUUGUUGACCGAUCACAAACAGAGCCUCUAUGGCAACGCAGGUUGAAUGCAAAGAACAAAGAACUUGAAUUAUUGCAUGUCGUUGGCUCAUCGGAACAAGAUUUCACAGGAGAGCGAUCACCCUCUUAUUCUUCGAGCAACGGCGAUCAUACGCUCUCAUCAACAAUGCCUACGUCAGGUCUAAUGGAUCACGAUCUUACACAUGCUUCUCCCGAAACGAUGAGGAUGUUGCCUCUAGCGGAAGAACAACAGCAAGCGACCAACAAUAAUGGUGUCUCGUCAGGACAACCAUCUUCUUUCUCGAGAGGGUAUGAUUCUUAUCCUAUGCAAUCUAUGCAACAUGAUUCCCAAAAUUACUCGGGCGAUUACCAGUAUGGAUCGAACAUGGCAUACAUUGAUGCAUUCAACAAUGGUAACAUGAUGAACACCCACGAUUUGAAUACGAUGAACUUUAUGCAGUCUACUGUAAAUGGGUUGCCGGUAUCUCACAAUCAACAACAACGUUCGCCUCGUCUUUAUGGGCAAGCAAUUUUGACCAAUGGCGCAAAGACUCGAAGGGUACGUGGAUUGUCAAGUGCUUCAAUGAAGCUUGCCGUUCACGAUCUAGCGUCAGCUUCGGCCAAUGCAGGCAACAGAUCACCACCGCAAUCUGCAUCUUCUGUUCAAACGCAAAGUGCAACACAUGGCUCAGGCAAGGGCAUGAUCAACAAGGUGAUUGUACCUCCAGCACCUGGUGUUUUGUCGGAUGCAGUGGACGUGCGAACGGGCGAAGCAGGACAAAUGCGUCAUAUGUGCCCUCAUACUGGCUGUGAUAAGCAUUUCAGCACCAGUGGUCAUGCACGUAGACAUAGCCGCAUUCAUGAUUGUUUGAGGCCGUUCGAAUGUCCUCAUGAGGGAUGCCAUGCAACGUUCACACGCCGUGACAAUUGCACGCAACAUCAAAGAGCGCGACACAAAUAUCAAUUAGUCGCUCAUCGUAUAGGAGGUGAAACAUUAUAA